AUGUCCUCGCUUGCAGCGGCACUUGCUGAACCCCACCCGCUUGUAGUGUUUGAGUCUGUCAAACUUGACUCAUUGAGGGAUCCAAUGUUUUUACAUGAUCGACUCUCAGAGUAUUUUUCCUCGUCGGAUGCUGUCUUGAAACAAUCUCUAGAUGUCUUUCAGCGUCUCCAUAGGCUAGAACAACGCUGUACACGAGAUGAAUGGGCUGAAGAGAGAUUAAAACAAUAUGAGAAACAGCUGAAGCAUUCAGCCAUGCAACCCAAGGAUCCUGAAAGUGUCCUCAAGGAUUUGAUCGCUAACCCACUCCCACUUGUAACCGAUGCUGAGGUCGAUGCCUUUAUUACAGCCUUGACACCUACGCAGCUCAGAACACUGAGACGUAUGCACGCGGUAGAGAAGGUUGACGAUUUCGAGUAUAUGUGGGAUUUAGAAGAAAUACAUGAUACAUCGGUUCAUGAAAAAAAGUUAACUAUCAAUACCUACUCUACUCACGGCGCCUCCGUGGCUCCACCGUCCGUCACGCACAAAUCAGUAUUAGGAAGCAUAGGAGACUGUAAGCCUCCCAGAGUUGCUAUUACGCCAAUGGAUCCACUUUUUCCUAACUCCAGGACGAUUGAUAAAAAUGUAACUGAGAACAUACCAAAUAUCGAUACCUCGAGCACUCCACUAGCUGAACCUGCGUGUACGGUUGAAGUGUCGUAUACUAUUGGUGUUGAUACUAUGAGCUCUGGUGGUGAUGACGAGUCCACAGGGUCCUUUUGUCGGUUUUCUAGAAUGGCAAUUGCACGAGCUGAGAAACGGUUAUUGUUCGAGGAUAAUGCUGAAGUUCGCGAUUUGUCUAAAGGGGAGGCUACUGCGCCAAUGACUCCGAAGGAGCACUUCGAUGCUCAAAUUUUUGUAGAAAAGCCUAGGAAUGGCAUGGACCAGCUACAGGGUAAUGAUAUAUCCCAUCUUCCACCGUUUUCUUUGAAUCUAAUCAAUGGUGAUAUGGGCUCUGUGGGGCAAUUGGAUGGCAGUCAGUCCGUGGAAAAAAGGUUGAGUAAUCAUGAAUUUGCCCUAGCUCCCACAGAAACCAUCCAUACCGCGAGUGACUUUUACAAAGGGCAUGCACAAAGUACACACACUAGCGCCAGAAGGGAAGAUAGAUCUGAUAUAGAGUUAUUGAGCGGAUAUGUGCGAAACAUUCUUCUUUUAAAUAAGGUUCGAGAAAGGGAUGAGCUGGGCCUCAGGCACAUGAUCUACAGGGAAGCCCAACAGGAAAUUACUGCGGUCAUUGCACAGUUCACUCCCACUAUAGAGCAACUUCUGGUGCUGCUAAAGGAGGUAAAUGCAAUUUUACCUGCGUUUAACAGUCUGGAGCGAUCUGCACUGAGUGACCACAUUGAGAAUCCUGCUAAUUUUCUGCUCAUCCCACGCUACACCCUUCGCUGUGCUGACUUCACAUGCGGUACUACUUUCUCGACAACCGUCAUGCGCAUUAGGUGUGGGCGAUGUGGUCAGGUCUACUGCCCACAGUGCUGUCGAGAACGCGGCUUAGGGCCUGACGUGUGUUUAGGCAACCAGCGUGUUAGCCUUGGGUGGGAGCCUAUUUGUGUUUCUUGCUGGAACGUGUGUAAGGCGCGGCAAAAAAUUGACCAGGAACGUUCACGUCAGCGUCUUAUCACGCGUAGCGUAGAUGGUGACAAAUUCCGAGUUCUAUUUUCCAUGUCGUCAUCGAUUUGUAAGGGGAAUAGUGAUCCUGUGGUUCUUGGUGAUAAUAAACUAAAUUCUCUUCAAUGUAAUUCACAGAACACAACUAAUAGAGUUGCUGAGCAAUCUCCAGGUGCAUUUGGCAGCCACGAACGUCUAGAGGAUGGUUUCGCAGUGUUUCACGUCAUUGCCGGUGUAGAUAGUCAUGUGGGCUUGAGUGAUUCCUGGACAUACCGGAUCGCGAAAAUCCGAGGUUCACUGCAAUGCUUAUGGCAAAGUACAGGCAUUUUAGCGAGUAAAAUAGUAACGAAUGCAGCACAUCAGUUAAAGAAUCAACAUAAGCAUCGCGUCAAGCAAAUCAUACUACCUGUGUUUCAAAAAAAAGGGGACAAAGUCUCUGUAUCACUCCCUACCGAAGAAAGGGGUGAGAAUAAUGUUAGGUAG